AUGGCGACCAUCAAGACAGAUCUUGACCGAGGAUUGCAGCUGUCAAAUCCGGCAGCCGCUCUCCACCUCUCACAACAAGCCUCCACCCUCUUGACGAAGCCCUAUUCUUCCUCGAUCUUACCAUUUGCUGCGCCUGAGGACCCAGACCAAUGGAUUGAAUAUGAGCAACUUUUCCUCGUUUUCUUACGCACCGACGAUGAUAAAUCUGCGCAUCUGUGCCUUGAUCGCCUCACUGACCGGUUUGGCCCGGCCAAUGAGCGGAUAAUGGGGCUAAGGGGUCUUUACCAAGAAGCAACGGCAAGGGAUACCGCCGCUCUUGAAGUGAUUUUGAAAGAUUAUAACAAAAUACUCUCGGAAAACGCUGUCAAUGUGCCCAUCUUGAAGCGUCGUAUCGCGCUCCUACGUUCGAUGAACAAAUAUGAAGAGUCGGUAUCGGCAUUGGUGGACUACUUGGAAGCUUUCCCAACAGAUGCUGAGGCAUGGUGUGAACUCGCAGAUUUGUAUCAAUCUAAUGCAAUGAGCGCCCAAGCUAUUUUCAGUCUCGAGGAAGCGUUGCUUAUUACUCCAAAUGCAUGGAACCUGCAUGCGCGACUUGGAGAGAUCUUGUACAUAUCCACGACGUCUGGCGACCGGAGUAUUUCGUCGACCCAAACGUUAGCAAGAUCGGUCAAACAUUUUUUACGGAGUCUCGAAUUAUGUGACGAUUAUGUGAGAGGGCUAUAUGGUCUCAUUAAGACUGCAUCGGAAUUGAUCCGCCACAUACAAACUGAGCAGAGCACUGGGGAUGAUGUCCCAUCUAUCAGCACACUAGAAGAAUUGAGGUCUUUGGCUAUACAAAAAGCAGAGAAGCUCAUACAAUCACAGCAGUCGAGCCAACUGGAUGGUCUUGUCUCUUUAAAGAAGCUAGUGCAGCAGAGAUAG